AUGCUGAAUAGAGUUUCUUUCUGCCUUGGGUUGCUCAUCGCACCUUGUGCUGCACGAGGUGUUCGUGAGGCCCGAGAGAUCGUCGUUGACGCGUCAAAGCCUGUCGGCAGGUUGAAGAACCUCCAAGGAAUCAACAGUGCAGAUAGCGCAUAUAUCCCACCGGGCCCUUGGAACCAGGACACCUUCUACAACAAGGAUGCCCAGAUCGGGGCUCUGUUCCCUGAGUACGGCAUCAAACAUGUUCUCAUCUAUACCUUUCCCGAUGUCUUUUUAGGGUUUGGCAAGACCGGCGUGGAUGCCGAUCCCAUGGUGAAUGUUAAUUAUAACUGGACUGGGGCCGAUGACUAUGUGCGAUUUGUGGCUGAUAACGGUGCAAACGUGCUGUAUUCCCGAGCUUACACGUCUUACUACGAUGCUAACCGGCCAGUAGGCAACGAUUCAAUUCCAGGUAUCAUCUGUCCUCCUACACCAAGUGUGAUAACCAACUCAUUCUUCUCAGCCAACAAAUGCGACCAACAACAACGUUUCUUCCCCAGAGAUAUUGGGUCAAAUAGGCUACAUGAUGACAGAUCGCUACGUGUGAGGGUUUCUCAUCUGCUCUUCGGAAGACUGGUGAAAUUGGAGCCUAGGAACGGAGCGUACGACUCCGGAUUUCGCAAUGCCGUUGAAAUGUUUGAAUUCCUACCGGAGACAGAUUUGUUGCGAACUGGCUUUUCGGAUGAAAGUUACGAAGAGCACUUUGCCUACUUUGCUCAGUUCAGCCGUGCUGUGACAGAGGCCAGCGCCGAAGUUGGAGUGUCUGCAUGGGGUGGUAACCAGUUCUAUCCCGUAAAAACAAACUACACGGUGUAUAACCCAUACAUUUCCCGAUUCUACAAGGACUGCCAUGACCGGAAGGUGCCCAUCAAAGCGGCGUCCUUCCAUUUCACCAACUCGCAAUUCUCCUUCGACCCCUACGAUAUUGUCAGAAUCACAGACAAGUUCCGUGCUGAGAUCCUGGUACCCGCUGGAUUGCCAGACCUCGCCAUCUGGGCCACGGAAUAUGAACCAGCCCCAUUCCCUGUGCAGCCUAGAUCUCCAAGUGCCCUCCAGUCAUUCAAGGACCCAGCUUUCUUUGCAAGCUUCACCCUCGGUGUCUCCAUGUAUGCCCAAGACACAUCAAUCGAGCAAGGCCUGCCGUGGCCCGGAUUCGGCUACAAUGGUACCGGGGCCGGUGACCAACCAUUCCAAGGCUUUUUCAAUCGAAGCCCAUCCGGUCCGAUCCCGCUCAAUGUGGCAAAGGCAUGGUUCCUGCAGGGGAAACUCGUCACCGAAACUCCUGCUAGACUCCGGGUUCAGGGCACUUCCGAUAAUGGGUUUGCGGUUCUGUCGGGCAUCUCGGACGACGAAACCAAGGUACAUGUAUUGCUCAAUAACUACCAGUUUGACUAUGAUAUUGCCCGUGAGAUUACGGCUCUCAUGGCGCCUACUUUGAAUACCUCUGCUUCAGCCUAUCCACUCCUCCAGGAAAACGGACGCAAGUAA